AAAAGCUAUCAUCAUAAUUAUUUUACUUAACAUCUGUACGUUAGGAGUUGUAUGUAGGCCUAUGGGUUCCGAAUGGACAGUCGACAACCUCGAGCUCCUAGAAUCGGAACAGAAUUGUUCGAAGACAAGCCAAUGCGAUUCCGAUCAGUACGAAGUUACAUUAUCACUGACCGAAGUUAACACAAUUUCCGACAGGAGAAUAUUAUGUUUUCUGAACCGAAACGGACAAAUCAGACAUUACGUCUGUAUCAAGUGCUCUGUGUGUGAAUCAUUGACUGUUCUUCUAGAAUGCGGAAGAAAACACGACACAAUAUGUUCGACUAAUUGUACUAACCCGGAUGCAAUGUACUAUGACGAUAAACAAAAGAGAUGUAUUGCAAACGAAGCAAGACGACCGUCAACAAGUUUAUAUUACACAACUGCAGUUAAACUGACAGUUCCUGGAAAAGCAACAUGGGGAAAUAGACAAUAACGAAAAACAUUCUAGAAUGAGGCCAAUGGUGUUGAUUAUUAUUUUAAGCGUUGUGAACGUCGUCAGUGUGGUGACAAUCUGUUCUCUUGUAAUUAUUAAGAGGAGACGGUUACAGCAAAAACAGCCAAUAAGACAUCAGAUUGAUGAUAUGACUUCAGCUAGUGUCAGUGUCUUGUCUGAAGAAAACCACAAUCCGAUACCUGAAAACAGACACACUCAGUUUACAGAUAGGCCUAGGUUUUUAGGUGGUACUCCAGCGCCGAAACCACCUUCAUCGUAUGAUCCAUUUUGGCUUCAAAUGAAGGCAGUGGUCGGGUCAGAAGGAGGAAUUGUCAGUGACAGUAGAUCUAGCGUAAGCCUGAUCAUUCCACCUGGUGCCAUUCCUGAAAAUCACGGGAAGCAAGAGAUAAUCGUCCGGGUGGCUCUCAAACCAUCUAUGUUUGGGCUUCACAAGGAAACUGAUCGUCAUCUGUUGUCACCAGUUGUUGAAUGUCUGUCGCCUGGUCUAAAUGGAUUUAAUUCACCAGUCACACUGGUUGUGCCACAUCGUGCUGAGCUCGAUCCAGACUGGAAAUUCCAAGUUCUUCAUUCCGAAGACAAAUGCUCCGACUCCGUGUCAAAGUUUCGGUGGACUGUGACAAAUUAUAGAUCAACGGAAACCAACGGUGUCCAGUUUGAGGUUGACGAACGUUUCUUUAGGAUCAAAACAACUCAUUUUACCACAUACGUGUGUACCGGUUGUCAUAGAAAGGCACCUUUAUGUUUGGAGGUCGUCGUGUAUGGCGGAUAUAGUGAUUUUGGGAACAGGCAAAGGGUGGACCUACGAUGUUAUGUGGGUGACCGCAUAAAGGACUAUCAUCAGCAGAUCAGACAGCAUGAAUCGAACGACCCUCUUAGUAUACCUCGACCAAUUGUUGUUGAUAAAAAGACGAAACAGAUCAAGAUCACAUUGCCCGAAGAAGAAUUUGGACCAGGUUGGCAAUGGACUUCUGAAACGUUUAACGGUUCUCUUCCACCUAUAAGGAACGUCGAUGUGACUCAUGCAGUCGGCAGGUGCUGUUUGGACGCAAUGUCACAUUACGAGAAUUUUACUUUGAAACCGAAACAGACGCACACACGACUCGAUUUCUUAGAAGCGACUAUGAAAGUGAUCACAAAUAAUGAUGAAGCAGUAAUUGUUGGCCCUAUAAGGAUGGACACGACGACGCCUUUGUUUAUCAAUUUAGUCUCAUCUGAGCUCCAUCCUGUUUUCCAUGGCGUUGCUCUAUUCCAGUAUAUUGUGAGUAAUGAAAAGUUGGAAGCAGUUUCUGAAGAAAUUCCAAAUGACGAAUGGAAACCAGUAUACCGCACGCUGCACGAUUUGUCGAAUUUUACAGGGAGUGCGGAGAUCGACAUUAAUAAUAUCGAGCAUGGACACCAGGGCCAGAUAAGAGAAAUGAAGUACCAGAUUCUUUUGCUGUGGAAGAGCAAGGCCGGUAGAAAAGCAACCACACAAAUCCUUAUCCAAGCCCUCAGAUGCUGCGAGCUUAACCAAAUUGUGGUUACCCAUUUUCCAGUUGAGACUCAUAUAUAA